GCAGCGCGCGUCCGGCCCCUCCUUCCGGCGGCGCUCUAGGGACCAUGGCGGAUCCCCGCGUGAGGCAGAUCAAGAUCAAGACCGGCGUGGUGAAGCGAUUGGUCAAAGAAAAAGUGAUGUAUGAAAAAGAAGCAAAGCAGCAAGAAGAAAAGAUUGAAAAAAUGAAGGCUGAAGAUGGCGAAAACUAUGCCAUUAAGAAGCAGGCAGAGAUCCUGCAAGAGUCGAGGAUGAUGAUCCCAGAUUGCCAACGCCGGUUGGAAGCAGCAUACACAGAUCUUCAGCAAAUACUAGAAAGUGAAAAAGACUUGGAAGAAGCUGAGGAGUAUAAAGAAGCACGUGUAGUUCUGGAUUCAGUGAAGUUGGAAGCCUGAACUUUUUCAGUACGGGUGUUUUUUGCAUUCAAUCCUGGGGUCCACUCUACGAUUUGUUAUUUUUGACCAUUGCUGUGUUUAGUAAUAUGAAAAUGUGGUUCUUUUUAUGCAGUUGCAUAUAUUUUUCUUUGCAUAACUUAAUGUGUCAAAUAAAUGAGUUCAUCUAAUAAAAUUGUUUAUUUCAUA